AUGUCUGAGGCCCGAAAGAAGGGACGAACACCGCUCCCAAGCCUCCCUCCAGCGCGGCUGGCAGAAAUUCACAACAUUGACCAAGCAAGAGUGGAAGCGGACAAUGCUACCGACAAGGUGUUCACGGGCCGCCCACAACAGCCCCAGCCCAAAGCCACCAAGCGCCGAGAACUUCCCUACCUGCCCUGCGAUAUUUGCGGAAAGCUCCUCAAGGGGCCGACUAUCUUAAAGUGUCAUAAGAGAACGGUUCAUAUCGGUACGCGUUGCUAUUGGGGGGCUUGUACUCAGACGUUCAUCAGUACCGAGGAGCUCAUCGAACACCUAAAAGAUCACCAGACUAUAGCAUCGACAGGCGACAAGCCUGGCGAUUUAAUCUGCCACUGGCCCGGCUGUAGCCAUCCUCAUUCAUACAUCCACGAGCUGUACCGACAUAUUCGAAUUCACAACGGUGAUAUGCAUCAGAGUUACUAG